AUGCAGUCUCGUGCCCACCUAAAGUCAAAUCGUGCGCUGCGGAAGCCGAAGCGGCUUUCGUCCCUCGCCCGGGUCCUUGGCAAGGUGGAAGCAGCGGACUUAUCACUCGAUGGCGGUUCCGGGAGCACAGAGGCCGGGCUGGAAGGCGUCCUCAGCGUCAGCCGCGGUAGCCAUCAGCAAGAAGAAGAGAUGCUGCAAAACGCGGCCCACAUGAAGUUAGGGUUCCUAAUGCCGACCGUCAAGCCUGUACGCGGACCUUUGUCGGCUCGGCUCAAGGAAUGGGAUGGCCAGGAUGCGAGCAAGGUGCCAUCUGAGGGAAAUUUGCGCCAGAUGGAGGCGGAUCUGGUCACGAUCGAGCGGCUGCUCACCGAGCAUAGUGGUUCAAGGACCGGGAGCAAGCCGGCAGCGUCGAAGCAGGUUCAGCAGCUCCAAGCAGAAGCUGAGCAGCUGAGGAAGAAGAUCAAGUCGACAGCGAAAGCACUUGCUCUGGCUGACGCUCAGAAGCAGCUCGACAACGUUCCUAUCCAGCACCUCGCCGACUUGAUCGCUGCAGCUCAGGAUUCGGAACGAGUACUGCUGGGCAAGAAUAGGUGGACACGGCGCAAGAAUGGCGACUUUCUCCCUGCAUAG